AUGUACAUCAAGUCAAUUGUUCUGGAAGGAUUUAAAUCCUAUGCUCAAAGGACAGAAAUUCGUGAUUUUGACCCAUUAUUCAAUGCCAUUACUGGCUUGAAUGGUAGUGGCAAGUCCAAUAUCUUGGACUCAAUCUGUUUCCUGCUGGGAAUCUCCAAUCUGUCACAGGUGCGAGCUUCCAACUUGCAAGACCUUGUUUAUAAAAAUGGGCAAGCUGGAGUUACUAAAGCAACUGUGUCUAUUACCUUCGAUAAUUCUGACAAGAAACUAAGUCCACUGGGAUUUGAAGCUAAUGAUGAGAUCACUAUCACUAGGCAGGUUGUCAUUGGAGGUAGAAAUAAAUAUCUUAUCAAUGGUGUGAAUGCUGCCAACAGUCGCGUGCAGGAUCUCUUUUGUUCCGUUGGACUCAAUGUCAAUAACCCCCACUUCCUCAUUAUGCAG